UAAAAUGGCGAAAUUCAAACCAUUGGCAAAUUAGAGGACUCUAGAACCCAACCAAUAUACACUCUUUGUCCCUUAAAGUUUAAUCUAUUUUUCUUUUAAGUUUUCUUCGUAUUCCCAUAAUAUUACUCGGCAAAGAAGCCGGGACGGAGAGAGUACACUAUACACCAUAUUGUGCUCCGUAGGAAGUUGUUUAACUCACUCCUCCCUCUUUGGCCUCUAAACAGGAGAACAACCGCAAAAUCCUCUGUUGAGAGAUGAUGAUGAUGUUGGGUUUGUCAGGUGCACCAUUUUCUUAUCCCCUGAAAUUUUACAAACCCAUUAAAGCCAUAACCUCAAAUUCUUCAGAAUUUUCUCUCUCCUCCCCUGUUACUCCUCGUUAUCAUCUUAACAGUCCAUUUGUUCCCGAGGUUGAUUAUGCAGUGGCUUCAUUACACUCAGAGUUCAGGGACAUCGACAAUUUGGUAGCACACAAUACUUCCCGUGUUCUAAAAGCCUUUCAGAAUGCUCGAGUUGGAUCUCAUUUUUUUGCUGGAUGCACUGGUUAUGGCCAUGAUGAAGCUGGAGGACGUGAGGGUUUAGACCAAGCAUUUGCCGAUAUAUUUGGUGCUGAGUCUGCUAUUGUCCGUUCACAUUUUUUUUCAGGCACCCAUGCUAUUACUUGUGCCUUGUUUGCUAUGUUGAGGCCUGGUGACGAGCUUCUGGCAGUUGCUGGUGCUCCAUACGACACUUUGGAGGAAGUCAUUGGAAAGCGUGACUGUGAUGGGAUUGGAUCUCUAAAAGAUUUUGGAAUCAAAUAUCGAGAACUUGCACUUGCUGAGGAUGGUGGACUUGACUGGGAUGAAUUGACAAGUGCUGUCACUCCUCAAACAAGGUGUGCACUCAUACAAAGAUCAUGCGGUUAUUCAUGGCGUUGCAGUUUAAGUGUCAAUGAGAUAGGGAGAGCAAUAAAAAUGAUAAAGGUGCAGAAUCCAAACUGUUUGGUCAUGGUGGAUAAUUGCUAUGGUGAAUUUGUGAACGCAAUUGAACCCCCAAUGGUGGGUGCAGAUUUAAUUGCUGGAAGUUUGAUAAAAAAUCCAGGAGGGACAAUUGCACCAUGUGGAGGUUAUGUUGCUGGGAAAGAAAAAUGGGUGAAAGCAGCAGCAGCUCGCCUGUCUGCUCCAGGACUUGGAAUUGAUUGUGGCUCAACUCCUGGUGAUAUCAUGCGGACUUUCUACCAGGGAUUGUACCUUGCACCUCAGAUGGUUGGGGAAGCCAUCAAGGGUUCAUUAUUAAUUGCUGAGGUUAUGUCUUUGAAAGGGUUCAAAGUUCAGCCACGUCCCCGAGUUCCAAGGAAUGACACAGUGCAGGCUGUCGAGCUUGGGAAUCGAGAACGCCUUAUUGCUUUUUGCGAGGCAGUGCAGAGAAGCUCUCCUGUUAGUUCGUUUACUAAACCAGUGCCUGGAGCAACUGCUGGAUAUGCGUCAGAGGUGAUCUUUGCUGAUGGAACCUUCAUUGAUGGUAGUACCAGUGAGCUGUCAUGUGAUGGACCACUGAGGGAGCCGUUUGCUGUAUUCUGUCAGGGUGGUACUCACUGGACUCAGUGGGGAUUGGUUUUGGGAGAGGUUCUUAAAUCCAUGAGUUAGAGCAGAGAAGCCAGUAGCAUUUUUCUUCCAGGAGUAUUAUUCUUUUAGCCAAGUUUAAUCAACAUUUAAGUACUUGGAUCCACAACUGAUACAAGUGCAAUAGUACAAGGAAGAACUACUCUUGCAGUGAGAAUGGGAAAAAGCGACAACCUAAUUUUGUUAAUUGUUUGAAGCAAAUGAUGUGUGAUUUGUGAAAGGCUCUUACAGCUUCCCUUGCCUUGGUUAAGGAAGAAAAGCUGAUGCUGCCUCAAGAGUCAAGACUGACUGCUUCUAUCUUAAGAAACCUUAAAUCAAGUCUUUGCUUUGUUCAGGGGCCAAAGAAAUGAUGCAGUCAUGCUUAUAUGUCUGAACAACUUUUGGUGUAAACAGUUGAUCUUUAACGAAUGAUUUCUUUUGACUUGAUUCUCAUUAAACACUGAUCAGAAUUUUUUGAGGCUCUGAACAUUAUUACUGUCUAGAAUUAUCAUGAAAAAACAGAUUUCUGUACAAAUUUUGUUAGAUUUUAUAAAAGGGAUUUGAGGAGAACAAUAGAAGAUAACAGAAAAUGAUUGUUUAUUGUAUUGAAUAUUAGAAAAAGAAAGGGGGAGAAAAGAAGAGAAGAAAAAAGAAAGAAAUAUUUUAUUUUCUAAUGCUUGCUUGAUGAAAGAAAAGGAAGGGAAGGGAAGGGAAAGAAAGUGAAAUGGCCUGCUGAAGAAGUUACUACAAUGAGAUAGAAGGGCUUUUGCAUCUAAAAAAUUAACAUUAAUAAUUAGAUUGUCCAAAAAUUAGGACAAUAUAAAUUUUCAACACUAAUCUACUCCCUUUUGUUUCAUAAUAAAUACUUCAAUUUGACUUUUGUACUACUCACAUGUAUUACUUUAGUCGACGUAUAUGUUUUAUACAUAAAAUGAAACAUUAUCAUGUGUUUACUUGUUCAAAUAGUUUCAAUGUAGAAAUGUUUGGGCAAAUUCUAAGAAAAGGAUUUGCUUAAUUAGGUUUAGGGGAUUUAAUAAUCAUACAAA